AGGAGGCUCUGUGCACUCGCGUCGGUUCGUAUCCGUUCACUUCUCCGUCUCUUCGCCCGCCAUGGCGCUGCUGCAGUCCUGCCGCCUGCUCUCCGGAGCCGCCACCUUCCACCCAGGCCUCGGCGCCGCCGCUGCCGCCAGAGCCAGCUCCUGGUGGACCCAUGUGGAGAUGGGCCCUCCUGAUCCUAUUUUGGGGGUUACAGAAGCAUUUAAGAGAGACACAAACAGCAAGAAGAUGAAUCUGGGAGUUGGGGCCUAUCGAGAUGAUAAUGGAAAGCCUUAUGUUCUUCCAAGUGUUCGUAAGGCAGAGGCUCAAAUUGCUGGGAAGAACAUGGACAAAGAGUACCUGCCCAUUGCUGGAUUGGCUGAAUUUUGUAAGGCAUCGGCAGAGCUGGCACUGGGCGAAAACAAUGAGGUGCUAAAAAGUGGCCGAUAUGUCACUGUACAGACCAUUUCUGGUACUGGAGCAUUGAGGGUGGGAGCCAGUUUUCUGCAACGGUUCUUCAAAUUUAGUCGAGAUGUUUAUCUCCCCAAACCAUCCUGGGGAAAUCACACCCCAAUCUUUAGAGAUGCUGGCAUGCAGUUGAAUGGCUAUCGCUAUUAUGACCCCAAAACAUGUGGCUUUGACUUCACUGGAGCAAUGGAGGACAUUUCGAAAAUCCCAGAGCAGAGUGUAAUCCUCCUGCAUGCCUGUGCCCACAACCCCACAGGAGUUGAUCCUCGUCCUGAGCAGUGGAAAGAAAUGGCAUCUCUGGUGAAGCAAAAGAAACUCUUUGCCUUUUUUGACAUGGCAUACCAGGGCUUUGCCAGUGGAGAUGGCAACAAGGAUGCCUGGGCUGUUCGCCACUUCAUUGAGCAGGGCAUUAAUGUCUCUCUCUGUCAGUCAUAUGCCAAGAACAUGGGCCUGUAUGGUGAACGUGUGGGAGCCUUCACCAUGGUUUGCAAAGAUGCUGAUGAAGCCAAAAGGGUAGAAUCCCAAUUGAAAAUUCUGAUUCGUCCUAUGUAUUCCAACCCUCCUCUCAAUGGGGCCCGAAUUGCCUCCACGAUCCUGAAUAGUCCUGAUCUGAGGAGCCAAUGGUUGCAGGAGGUAAAAGGCAUGGCAGAUCGGAUCAUCAGCAUGAGGACCCAGUUGGUUUCCAACCUCAAGAAAGAGGGAUCCUCCCAUAAUUGGCAGCAUAUCACUGACCAGAUUGGCAUGUUCUGUUUCACAGGCCUGAAACCUGAGCAGGUGGAACGGCUGACCAAGGAAUUCUCCAUCUAUAUGACCAAAGAUGGCCGCAUUUCUGUAGCUGGGGUCACAUCAGGCAAUGUAGGGUACCUUGCCCAUGCCAUUCACCAAGUAACCAAAUAACUCCUUGGCGAGACAGAGCAGAGAUGACCUUCCCACCUUCAGACUCUGCUGUUUGAAAUUCGAAGAGAUGACUGGGAUGGUGAGGCUAGGAGUGGUGGUGAGAGUUUCUUUCAACCACAGUGCUUAAUGCUCAACCAUUGAAAGUAUCUCAGAAAAAGACAUGUGAGUAGGCUAAAGGCAUCUGAAACUAGUGUUUGGAGCUUUAUGGGUCUAACCCAAACUCCCCAACCCCAUCCUCCACAACUUUUCCAACACAUUUUAUGUUUACAGUCACUCAACCAAAAAUCCCACCCUGAACCAGAAUUCCUCUCCCUCUCCCCUUCCCCGAGUUUUAGACCUCCUGGCUUUGCAGUGUUGGUCAAGAGCUUUAAUCAAGGAGACAAAUAACAUUAAGCCAAGGUAACAGAAAUCUGUGGUGCUAAAAGCUUCCACAGAGGACUGCCCAGUUCUAACUCCUCUGCUUCUUAUUGUCCUCCCAUAACUGAUGGAGGCACCUUAGAUAGAAACAAAGAGUUUGUUUUUUAAAAUCAUGGAUGCUGCAUUUGUGCAGCAUAGAGAGAGUAAGGCCUUUUCCCUCCCUUCUUGACUUCAGGAAAAAAGCAGAAAAGAGAAGGUGGCUCUCAUUUUACAUCUAGGACCUUUAGGAUUUUCCUAUCCUCUCCUCUUUGACCCAAAGAACCAAAUCUGCCCUAGUUUCUCCCCCUCUCUCUGUGUGCACAGAAUGCAUAUACUUUGAGAAUUAAGUAAAAUGUAAUUUAAGAAAUGAUCAUGUUCUCUCUUCAGCGUUCUCAGCAAAAGGUGGAGGAAGAGAAGUCAAUAAAAUGACCGCACUUUAAUAUGAUUGCAUCACUGUAAAGGUUUUAGUCGUCCUCCUUUCUGCCAUCACCCAGCCAGUGAGGGUAUGCAAUAAAUAGCCUGUCUCAUGAUGAGUCUGUAUAGGGCAGUCAAUCCUAGAAGAUGAGUAUUUUGAGCUGUGGUUGCAAGUUUCUCUGUGUUGCUAGCUGAAUUCAAACUUCAACCUUGAAAAGAUCACCCUCCAAUGUAAUCACAUAGGCUUUUAUGCAGCCUUGGUUUCUCUGUUACAAUAAAAUUAUGUAGAUUGGA